ACAAAGUCCUGCUCUGGUGGCCCCACUGGCUGUGAUCCACAACUCUCCUGGCUGGAUGCCCAGUCCUAGCGUGAGAGAAGCAUCAGCCAGGAGCACUCUCCCUCACUCCCUGCUCUGUCGUAAACGGACACGCCCCAGAGAGUUUCUGUGCUGUGCAGAUUCUUGAGGAAGCAGGAGAGAGGCAGAGGGACGAAAGCGAGCAACUCUUGAGAAUCUGCAACAGGAGUGAAGCUGGCAGCAGGUGAUGGGUCUCGAAUCUGAGCAAGAAGGUUUUGACCCGAAGUCCAUCAAGCGCCCGACACUAGUGGAGAUUGAGGGAAUCCCUUUGCCCGAUGAAACUGCAGAGAACUGGGGUAGAAUAAAAGGCUUUCGUGCCCGUCCUGAUGACCUUCUCAUUUGCACUUACCCCAAAGCAGGGACCACAUGGAUGCAGGAAAUUGUGGACAUGAUCCAGCAUGGAGGGGACCCACAGAAAUGCGCUCGGGCCCCCAUCCACCAGCGGUGUCCCUACAUAGAGCUGUUUCCCCCAAAACCCUUACCCUCAGGCUUUGAGGAAGCAGAGGCAAUGGCCUCUCCACGGACGGUCAAAUCUCAUUGCCCAGUGCAACUCUUGCCGCCUUCCUUCUGGGAACAGAACUGCAAGAUCAUUUAUGUGGCCAGGAAUGCCAAGGACAAUGCAGUUUCCUACUUCCACUUCCACCGCAUGAACCGACUUCUUCCGAACGCUGGAACGUGGGAAGAGUUUCUGGAGAAUUUCAUUGCCGGGAAGGUUGCCUAUGGCUCAUGGGCCGACCAUGUUCUUGGUUGGUGGAAGGCUAAGAACCGUCACCCAAUUCUGUACCUCUUUUAUGAAGACAUGAAAGAGGACCCGGCCCGGGAAAUCCGGAAGGUAGCCCAGUUCCUGGACAUAGAGCUACUGGAAUCAGUUCUCGACCAGAUUGUGCAACACACAAAUUUUGAGUACAUGAAAACAAACCCAAUGGCUAAUUACACCACCGUGCCUUCUGGCAUCCUGGACCAUGCCAUAUCGCCCUUCAUGAGGAAAGGCACUGUAGGAGAUUGGAAGGAGCACUUCACCGUGGCUCAAAGUGAACAACAAGAUGACACCUGUGCCCGGCUACUACAAGGCAGUGGCCUGACCUUCCGCACACAGCUAUAAGCACACCUCUGUGGCUCAUAUUGAGAUUAUCCGUUUUUCACCUGCGCUAAUAACAAUAAACUGUAUUUGCAAUCAGUGCCCAUCCAAGCACAUGUUGCGAGGAUGGACCUUUUAAAAAAUAAUGUAUUGUUUCAAUUAUUUUUUCCUUUGAAAAUGAUGUACAGUGAAAUGAAAAUAAUAUGUUUCUGAACAAUUACUCCCCCCUCCCACUUUUUUUUAUGGUGAGAGCUAGUUCAAACAUUACUUGUAACAUAUGGGCCGUGCCCUUCUUCCAAGAAUCUCAAACUGCUAUAAAGUAGGAUAUAUCCCCGUUUUAUCCUCACAUGUACUCAACAAACUUAGAUUGUGAUGGUAAAAUUAAUAGCCUUUAGAGAUCUGAAAAUGGCUUGAAGCUGAAAUUAAACCUAAAGGUCAACAGAUCCUUGACAAUGACUUCUGCUAGGGGUUUACCCUAAUCGGAUCUAAAGUGGGGAGGUGCAGUACUGAAACAUCAGUGGAUCAUGAA